AUGGCGGACAACCACGGCUACUCCCUCCUGGACAAAAACAGUGACAGCCUCUUUCCUCUGCCGGCGGGCCAUCGCCAAGGACUUACAGCCGUGGCCGUCUUGGCGAGCAUAUCGUUUGCGUCAUCCAACUUCGUCCUCUUAUAUCUAACUCUCAAACUCCUAAGGUGGCAUGUCGAGAGGAGGACUACAGCCCGGAGAGCAACCGCCACGGCGCCCAACCCCGUGGAUUUAUCCCUCGGUCUUGCGGAACGCCACUUUGUCGGCCAGGACGCCAGCCGCCGCGGGCUCCCUGACAGGGAGAAGUCACAUCCGAACCAGUUCUUAGUCUUAGUCUUCAACCUCUUUCUCGCCGACAUUCACCAGUCAGCCGCCUUUCUUCUCAACGGGGUCUGGAUCGGCCAGCGCAAUGGCAUCGACGUCCACACACGCACGUGCUUUGCUCAGGGCUGGCUGGUAUCGACGGGGGAUCUCGCGUCGAGCUGUUUCAUCACUGCCAUCGCCUUCCACACCUACCUAGGCGUUGUGCGAAACUACAAGCCGCCACAGUGGGCCCUCAACUUGACGGUUGUCGGCCUUUGGGUUUUCGAUUACCUGCUGGCAAUUCUCGGGCCCGUCAUAACGAACAACGGGAGAGAGUAUGGUGGGUUUUAUUGCUGGAUGAAUGUCAAAUACGACACCUACCGCCUUGUCCUGCAUUAUCUCUUCAUCUUCAUCUCGUUGGCUAUGACGAGCAUCAUUUAUACGCUCAUUUUCCUCCACCUUCGCAACCGUUCCCAGUCUCUGCGGGCUCAUGCAAACGCUUCUCCGGCCGACAGCGAAACAGGCCCUACUAACGGGACCGGAUCUAGAUCGAUGGAUCCGAAGACAGCGCUCGGGGUCCACUCCUCGACCGCCGCGAUCGAAGCGCAUUUCGGCGGCCACCACAACGCUUUCUUACUUUAUCCCGUCAUCUAUGUCAUCUGCACUGCUCCACUCGCCGUCGGACGCAUAGUCUCAAUGGCAGGGGUCAACGUGCCCGUGUCCUACUUCUGCGUUGCGGGUGCCCUUAUCAGCAGCAACGGAUGGCUGGACGUGCUGCUUUGGGGCGUGACACGGCGCCGCCUUCUCUUCGGCUCGGACGUCGACGCCGAGGAUACGGGCCUAGGCACCUUUACCUUUAUGCGCACGCCGCCGGACCGGAAGUACGGCAACAUGGUCUGGGUCGAGGGUGCCGCCGGCCAGAGGCAGGACACGGGGCCGGCUAGAGAGGAGGAAGGCCGCGUGUUCAACCGCAGCCGGGCUGCCGCCGAUCGUGGUUUGUCGGGUUGGAAGAGGCUAGGCUUGGAUGGCAGGUUCAAAGGCCGGCGGUUGGCCCGGCGGCAGGUCAGCACAGCGAGUGAGGAGUCGCUCAGGGGGAAGAUGGUGGGCGCUCCAAAUGACAUGAUCAUACAGAUGGACAUGGUUACCAGCGUCGUCGUUGAGCCGAAUGUGGGCCGGGGGAAACAACGGCACGCGGAAUCAUUAAAGAAUAACGUGGGCUCUUACCAGGAGUCGAACGGGUCAGACAUAAACAUUCCGUCCAUGUUCAUGACUGACUCAGAGAAGGAGGAGACUCGGCAGCCCGUCUAG